CACAAAAACCCCUGCAGACUAGUGUGUGAGAGAGCUGCUGUCAUGGUGACCAAGAAGUGGGUUUCAGCACUUCUGCUUCUGCAGCUGUGCUGUGUUGGAUGUGGAUUGUGUGGGAAGGUCCUGGUGUGGCCCUGUGACAUGAGCCAUUGGCUGAACAUGAAGAUCAUUCUGGAGGAACUCAUGGCAAGGGGUCAUGAGGUGACGGUGCUGGUUCCUUCAUACAAUACCAUCAUUGACCACAACAAGCCUUCCACACCAAACUUCAAGGUGGUUUAUGUGCCAAAUGAUGGAGAAAGAGCUAAGAAUUUACUAAAUGAAUUUUUGGAUGAAGCUGUUACUGACAUGCCAAAAUUGUCAGACUGGCAAGCAGCAAUAAAACUACAAGAGUUGCUCCUUCGGUCAACUGGAGAGCUGAAAUUUGUGUGUGAGAAUGUUGUGUACAAUCAGACACUCAUGAAGAAUCUCAAGGAAACUAACUACAAUGUAAUGAUUAUAGAUCCUGUGAUGCCCUGUGGAGAGCUUGUAGCUGAGUUGCUUGCAAUCCCCUUUGUGCACACAUUAAGGUCUUCUGUAGGUGGCAUUUUGGAGAAAUACUGCGGAAAACUUCCAUCUCCACCUUCUUAUGUGCCUGUUCCCAUGGCUGUACUACAAGACAAGAUGACUUUUCUGGAAAGGAUGAAAAAUCUGGUGUUUUCCCUUUUUUUUGACUUCUUGUUCCAGCAACAUAAUGUUCAGAUUUGGGAUCAGUUUUACAGUGAAGCAUUAGGAAGACCCACUACAUUAUGUGAGACUGUGGGGAAAGCUGAAAUUUGGCUAAUUCGAACAUUUUGGGAUUUUGAAUAUCCUCGUCCAUAUUUACCUAAUUUUGAGUUUGUUGGAGGAUUGCAGUGCAAGCCUGCCAAACCUUUACCUAAGGAAAUGGAAGAAUUUGUCCAGAGCUCGGGUGAAGAUGGUGUUGUGGUGUUUUCUCUUGGGUCAAUGGUCACAAACCUCACAGAAGAAAAGGCCAAUCUCAUUGCCUCUGCCUUUGCACAGAUUCCACAAAAGGUUUUAUGGAGAUACAAAGGAAAGACACCAGCCACAUUAGGAGCCAAUACUCGGCUCUAUGACUGGAUGCCCCAGAAUGAUCUUCUUGGUCAUCCUAAAACAAAAGCUUUUGUCACUCAUGGUGGACUGAAUGGAAUCUAUGAAGCUAUUUAUCACGGGGUCCCUAUGGUGGGAAUUCCCCUCUUUUCUGAUCAGCCUGAUAACAUCGCACACGUGAAGGCCAAAGGAGCAGCUGUGGACGUGAACAUGAACACAAUGACAAGUGCAGAUUUGCUCAGAGCUUUGAGAACAGUCAUUAACGAACCCUCUUAUAAAGAGAAUGCUAUGAGGUUAUCAAGGAUCCACCAUGAUCAGCCCAUGAAGCCCCUGGACCGAGCGGUCUUCUGGAUCGAGUUUGUUAUGCGCCACAAAGGAGCCAAGCACCUCAGGCCAGCCGCCCACGACCUCACCUGGUUCCAGUACCACUCUCUGGAUGUCAUUGGGUUCCUGCUGGCCUGUGUGGCAACUGCUAUAUUCUUGGUCACAAAAUGCUGUGUGUUCUCUUAUCAAAAAUUUGGUAAAAAUGGAAAGAAGAGAAAGAGGGACUAGAUCCUUCCAUUUCAGCAAAUGCCUAAGUGGAGCAAACCUGCUUAUUCUAGUCACAACAAGCUUUUUGAGAACUUUUUGCCUCCUUCUUUUCCAAUUCCCGUUCCACUACUUUAGCCUAGUGGCAAGGCUGAGACUUAGACAUUAAGUAGUGAGCGUGUCCCCUUCUUCCUUUGUCUUUUCCAGGCUACUUUACUGUCUUCCUCCCACUGUCUUGACACAGGGGUACUAAUAAUGAUAAUAUAUUCUAUUAGAAUAUCUAAUAUGUUCUAAAAUCAAUAUCUUCAUUUUUUAACCUUAAGUGAUAUACCAACUAGCAAUAUGCUGACCAUUAGGGGGCACAACCUGUGAGCUGAAUUCAGUGGAUGCAGGGAACUCAGAAGAGCAAAAUUCACAAGUUCUCUUACACCACCCAAAUCAGGGACAUAUCAUAGAAAUUUAGUUUGCUAUGAGAAAAUUAAUAAUUAUUUUCAAUUAAAACAUGCCUUUCUGCUUGCCACUUUCUACUGGGAUUAGAGUAUAAAUCGAUAAUAAAUGUGAUCGGGCAUCACACUAGGAAAGAUUCAUGAUAUUUCAAUAAAGCUCAUCUAGAAUAUCA